GAAGAUGGGGAGAUCUCCAUGUUGUGGUGAGAGUGAUCAUGAUGUGAAGAAGGGACCAUGGUCGCAGGAAGAAGAUGCAAAGCUAGUUGACUUUAUCAACAAAAAUGGCCAUGGAAGUUGGAGAGCACUUCCCAAGCUUGCAUGUUUGAACAGGUGUGGGAAGAGUUGCAGGCUUCGCUGGAAUAAUUAUCUCCGGCCAGAGAUCAAGAGAGGAAACUUUUCCGACGAAGAAGAGCAAAUCAUCCUUAAACUCCACUCCAUUCUUGGGAAUAAGUGGUCAAGGAUUGCGAAUGAACUUCCGGGGCGUACUGAUAACGAGAUUAAGAAUUAUUGGAAUACCCAUCUUAGAAAGAAGCUAUUGAAAACGGGUAUUGAUCCGAAUACCCAUAUGCCUAUUAUUUCAGAUCACUACUCGUUGCUGACGGAUCUUAUUCACACAAAUUUGGGGAGUUUACUAAUGAGGCCUUGGGACAACAUGACUACUACUCUACUCCAAAGCAUACUGCUAAUGGAAGGCCUUGUGGGCAAUCCAGUACUUCCACUGAUGAACAAUAUUAAUAUGUCCCAACUUGAUCAACUUAUGAUCAAUACAGUACCAUAUCCACAGUCGACACUAACUGGAUUUAGCCAACAAGAACAACAACCUAUGACCAACAAUAAUAUUGUGAAUGAGUCUACAUGUUUCAACAUAGGUUCAUGUAGUUUUCCUGGAAUAGAGCUUCCUGCACUACUUCCAGCUUACUCUCCUUGUACAGAUCGUGUAAGCAACGACAAUGUGAUAUUGGAAAACGGUUUUGGGAUGGUGGAGGAAUUAGUCACUUAUUCAUCCAGCUCCAACAUUUUUGAAGAUAUAGAGAAGCUGUUGAAUGACGAAAAUGAUUUUCCAUGA